AUGUACAGAAAUGUAGAGGUUCAAAUUGGCCAAAUUGCUAGUUCCUUGAAUAAUCGAAAUCAAGGGGAAUUACCUAGCAAAACUGAGGUCAAUCCUAAAGAACAUGUUAAGGCCAUUACUCUUCGUAGUGGUAAACAAUUGGAAGAUCCUCCAGUGAGCGGAGGUAAGAAGGAUGAGAGUGAAGAAAAUGCUGAAAAACAGAGGAACCAAGAGGCAACUAUGGAGGGAAAUAGUCGGCAGAAUCCAAGAGAAACACAGCCAUCAUCUUCCACUAACAUUCCAAUACCUCCUGCGGUUCCAUUUCCUCAAAGAUUAAAACAGAAUAAGUUUGAUAAAGAUUUUGAAAAAUUUGUUAAAAUGUUCAAACAAUUGCACAUUAACAUUCCUUUUGCUGAUGCUAUAUUGCAGAUUCCAUCUUAUGCGAAAUUUCUCAAAGAAAUCAUGACACGAAAGAGGAAGUUGGAAGACUGCGAGACAAUAGCAUUGACGGAGGAGUGUAGUGCAAUUAUACAAAAUAAACUACCACCGAAAUUGAAGGAUCCAGGAAGUUUCUCUAUACCUUGCACCAUAGGUAGUAUUAAUUUUUCUAAAGCAUUAUGUGAUCUUGGUGCUAGUGUAUCAUUGAUUCCUUUAACGGUGGCUAGACAACUAGGUUUGCAUGAACUUAAACGAACUAAUAUUACCUUGCAGUUAGCGGACAGGUCUAUUAGACAUCCAUUAGGAGUGUUGGAAAAUGUAUUGAUAAAAGUUCAAAAAUUUAUCAUUCCAGUGGAUUUUGUGGUGUUAGAUAUGGAAGAGGAUGUAUCUAUGCCAAUUAUUCUUGGUAGACCGUUUUUAGCUACUGCAGGUACUAUUAUUGAUGUUAAAAAUGGCAAACUCAAGUUUCAAAUAGGUGAAGAAGAGGUAGAGUUUAAUUUGCAUGAAAUGGAAAAAUACCCUUCUUUUACCGAUCAUGCAUAUUCUAUCGGCACAAUUGAAAAACUAACUCAAGAGCUGAGCCAAGUCAAUUUUGACUUCGAUCCUCUUGAGUAUUGUUUAAUGAGUUCAGGUAUGCAAGAUGGAGAUUCUGAAGAAAUUGAAGAAUUGGUCAAGUAUUUGAAUUUUCAAGCACCUUAUAAACGGGGUAAUGUAUACGAGAGUCUUGGCCAAGGAAAAGGGUUUUCACAACCUUCAGAAAUUGAACCUCCAAGGUUAGAGCUUAAGCCACUUCCAACUCAUCUAAGUGUACUAAAUUGCUAA